AUGGCGGCCCUACCGGAGGAGGCGUUGGACGGCUACGGCGGCCUGGCUCCGGCCUACAGCCCCUACAGCCCCUACUCCCCCUAUUCCUACCGCUGCCCGGCCGCCCCCAAGGCCAAGGCGGCUCCGAGGGCCGGGGGCUGGAGACCCCGGGGCGGGGGCUACUUCUCCCCGGGCCUGCCCGGUUUGGGGGAGGCGGAGGCGGCCGACUACCUGGACGGCUUCCAGCGGGCGCAGCUGAAGGCCCUGCUGGCCCAGGUGAGGCAGGAGCAGGGCCCGCGCCCUCGGCGGCCCAGCAGCCGCGACGUGGCCGUGCAGGUCAACCCGCGCCGCGACGCCUCGGUGCAGUGUUCGCUGGGGCCUCGCCCCCUCCCCCGCCGCGGACGCCCCCCGACCCCCGGGCCCCGCGGUGCGGAGCCGGCCAGCCCCAAUUUGGGGGGGCCGAGGCCCGGCCGCUUCCCACGCACGCUGGCCGUCUACUCGCCCAUGACCAGCCGAAGGCUCCCCCCCUGCCUGGCCCCCCCCGGGGGUCGCCAGCCCCCCACCGGGGAAGCCCCCAGCCCCGGGCCUCGGGAGGAGAAGGAGGCCGAGGCGGUAAGGGGCAGCUGGGAGCAGCCCCCCGGGCCUGGGGCCGCCCUGCAACCCCGAGAGGCCCGAGGCGGGGACCAGAAGGGUGGCGAGGCGCCCCAGGGCCAGCCCCCCGACCCUGAAGCCAGGGCAGAGGAAGAGGAGGGGGAGGAAGAAGAAGAGGAGGAGGAGGAGGACGGAGAGGCCGAGGCAGCAGGAGUGGCGGAUGCGGAGCACCCGGCCCAAAGCAAGCCAAGGUUGCGCUUCCAGUUCUUGGAGCAGAAAUACGGCUUCUACCACUGCAAAGACUGCAAUAUCCGCUGGGAGAGUGCCUACGUGUGGUGUGUACAAGGCACCAAUAAAGUCUAUUUCAGACAGUUCUGCAGAACCUGCCAGAAAUCUUACAAUCCCUACCGGGUUGAAGAUAUCACGUGCCAAAGCUGCAAGCAGACGCGCUGUACCUGCCCGGUGAAACUCCGGCACGUGGAUCCGAAGCGGCCCCACCGCCAAGAUUUGUGCGGUAGGUGCAAGGGCAAGCGCCUCUCCUGCGACAGCACCUUCAGCUUCAAGUACAUUAUCUGAGCGGCUGGGACACCUGCCGCCCUCCCUCCUGCAAACGCCACGGUGUCUGCCUGGUCUUGUCCCGACCCCUUCUGAAACAACUGGCUGUAGCUGAGGAAAAGCUAAUAAAGG